CACACGACAAGCCAUCAAUUUGUUCCCCUUUUCUCAUUGCCCCCCUCCGACCAGAAUGAUCGACAGCGAAUAUUUCCUCAAUGGAAUAUCCAAUAUGGAAUAUCUGACCGCCGCGAUAUGCGCCUUCGGGGCACUCAUCGUUUGGAAGCUUAUUUCUGCCAUUUUCUUCUCCCCGCUCUCACAUAUCCCCGGACCGUUAGUGACGGCAGUGACUCCGCACUACAUAAACUUCCUUUCGGCACUCAACCAAAGGACCGUCGGGACCUAUUCAUUACACAAGCGCUACGGACCAAUAGUUCGGCUAUCACCCACCGAAAUCUCGAUUCUUUCCCCGCAAGCCAUCAAAGAGGUUUACUCUUCCCCCCAUUAUACCAAGUACACCCCCCUAUACUCCAUCUUCACACACUUUGGGGCCCAGAAUUCAUUCACUAGCUGCACCCGCGAAGAGCACGGAUGGCGGAGAAAAGCCGUGUCGGAACCCUAUUCGCUAUCCUUUGUGCUCAAAGAUGAAGCAGCAACGGGAAAGGUACUCAAGGCCGUCAAAGAUUAUUUGGGCUUCGUGGAAAGCGAUAGGAGAGUUGACAUUUAUAAUGCGAACACAUUUUACGCGACGGAUGUGGUCACCGGGAAGAUAUUUGGAUUGGAGGCCUCUAUGAAGACUCUCGCUGGAAAUGAAGAACAUCGCGAGAUCGUUCUUGGACAUUAUGCCCGAACCCGAAGAACUCAGGUUUGGAUGUACAUUGAAUUCCCCUUGAUCAUGAAUCUAUUUGAGUGGUUCGCGUUCUAUACGGGGAGGGUGUGGAGUUGGAUACAUGGAGAGGAGAUAGAAGGCUGGGAGAUGGUGAGCCAGGCUCAAAGGUGGGGUUGGGAUGCAUAUAUGGAUGCCAAGUCAAAUUCCCGUGAAGGUACCGUCGCUGGAAGACUUGCGAAGCUUGUGCAAGAAGGCGGUAGCGGUGAAGAGGCCUGGGACGAUAGAGGUGCUGUUAGUGAAGUAAUGGACCAAAUGCUAGCGGGGAUGGAUACGACUGGUGACACUUUAUCGUUCCUUAUGUACCAGAUAUCACUCCCAGAAUCGAGGAGCGUUCAAAAAAGGUUGCACUCCGAAUUGCUCAACGCUUUCCCCAAGUCAGCGGAGAUGCCAGGUCUUGGCUGGCCCCAUUCAAUGGAUGUCCAAAGCCUCCCUCACGAAACUAUCCUAAAAGUCCUGAAUCUGCCAUACCUCGACGCUGCUCUCAAAGAAACAUUAAGAGUGUAUUCAGCCAUUCCGAUCACACUACCACGAGUUGUCCCCGCCUCCACAACCACUGACAGGAUUAGCGGUCAUAGAAAUGGAAGGAUUCUUGAAGGGAAAUUUAUUCCGGCCGGGACCACCAUAGGGACAUUGGCCUACGGGAUUCAUCGUGACGAAGUUUUCGCUGUGGAGACCAAGCAGAAAGAUGAGCCCGGAGACGUCGAUAGCUUUGUUCCAGAAAGGUGGUUGAUCAACGGCGGUAUCGAAGGCAAAUUAACCCCCGACGAGUUGGAACAAGAGAAGCAAAGAAUCCGAACAAUGGAGGCAAGGCUUUGGGCUUUUGGCAGCGGCGGAAGAAAUUGUGUGGGAAGACACCUUUCUAUUCUCGAAAUGAAAUUGUUGCUCGCAACAAUAUAUUCGCGCUACCAAACACAGGUUACGCCCAACAGUGGGGUAAAGAUCACACACAAUCGGUGGGAUCAGCGUAGGACAUUCAGGGACGUGCUACCUUUCCGCAGGGUGGACGGUGUGGUUACGUUCACUCCUUACGAGUAUUGAUUAUGUUUUGCGAUCUAGGAUCGUUCUGCAGCAUUGAGAUCUAGUCUCCGUCUAGAUUCUCUCCUCGGCAAGACGUGAUCCAUUAAAACAAGGUAUCCUUUGAGAUAGAUCAAUGGAAAAUUCAAGAUGAGCAAAAACCUGGCUAGAAAAA